AUGAGCCGUGAGAAGAAGAAGGGAACUUCUGGAAACGCUAAGGCAUUCAUAACCCGUGCAAAGGCACUAAAGAAGCUUCAACUCUCUCUUUCCGAGUUCCGCCGUCUUUGCAUCCUCAAGGGGAUUUACCCGCGCGACCCCCGCAAGAAAUUGGAAGGCUCCGACAAGACCUACUAUCUGCGAAAGGACAUCGAUUUCUUGCGACAUGAGCGUCUCAUUUCUACUGUUCGACAGGAGAACGCACACAAGAAGAAGGAGGUCAAGGCUCGCGCGAAGAGGAGAAUUGAUGUCCUGAAGCGUCUCGCUCUCAGUAAGCCGAAGGCCCGUCUCGACCAUCUCGUGGUCGAGAGGUACCCGAAUUUUACCGAUGCUAUUCGCGAGCUGGAUGACCCGGUCUGCGUCGUCGCUCUGUUCGCAAAUUUGCCUGCUGACCACAAAGUUGGUAUUAAGCCGGAGCGUGUCACCAACUGUCAACGCCUGCUCAAAGAAUUUCACAAUUUCGUCGCCGAGACGAAUGCAUUGAAGCGUUGUUUCGUGUCCAUCAAGGGGUACUAUUUUCAGGCGAGGGUUGCUGGCGAGCUUGUCACAUGGGUCACUCCACACCGCUUCAGUCAGGUCUUGCCUGCGGAUGUCGACUAUUCUGUUAUGCUCACCUUUUUGGAGCUGUAUGAAUGUAUUCUCAGCUUUGUUAACUUCCGCUUGUAUACCAGUCAAAAUCUUGCCUACCCUCCGAAAAUCAGUCGCGUCGCAAACGCGAAAGGCUUGGAACUGGCAGCAAUUGAAGUGGAACGGAAGUCAAGUCGCGCGAAUGGAAAUGCGCCCAUGGGACUGCAACUGGACGAAGAGGUACCAGAUCAAGAGCGCGUUUCAGCCCAGGCCGUUAAGAAGGCACAGCAGAUGGUUAUGGACGCCGGAAGCGAGGACGAGGAGGACGAAGAGAACGAGGAGGAAAAGGACGGAAACAAGCAAAGCACUGGGAGCAAGGAGGCGAAUGGUGUACAAGGCGAAUUGUCUGAUGACGACAGAGAUGUGAAUGACGUUUCUUCGGCACGAGGGGUAUUUGAUGAGACCUUAUUCGUACUUGGACGAGAAGUCCCAUACACAGAACUAGAAUUUGUUCUGAAAGCAUCUGGUGCAGCUCGAGUAACUCGAGAAGACGACCUCGUUGAGGGUCCGAACCGAUUAGAGGGAUACACCCAUUGGAUUAUCGACCGACCGAAAAUUGUUGGUCGGAGAGACAUGUCCCUGGAAUACGUUCAGCCCCAGUACAUAUUCGAUUCUAUCAAUGCGGGAGUAGCACUCCCAACUUCCCUAUAUUCACCAGGCAACAAUCUUCCACCUCACCUCAGCCCAUUCGUUACAGAAGAGGACGAUGGAGGAUACCGACCCUGGUUUAAGGACGUUCUGGACCGCAUUAAGGCAGGAGACACCUCUGUCGUCGCAGAAGCAGCUGCCGUUGUCUAUGCGGAGGGCAAUGCGAAGACGAAGGGAGGAAUGGACAAAGGCGGGGAGGCUGAUUUGGCAAUGUCGGGAGAACAGCGCCGGGCGAAAAGGAAGCUUAGUAGAGGUUCUCAAGGAGAUGAAGCGAGUAGUAUGCAAGAUCCCGCAGAAUCCCACAAGCGGAAUCUGGAUGAGAACGAAAACAAAUUUGGUAAGAACGUUGAGAAGGAAGCGUCUGGCAUCGAACGAGUGGGGUCCGGGGGUGUGACAACAAAACAGAGUGAUGGGUCAAAUAAUUCGAAACCGGAAAACGAGGGCACAAGCGUCGACAGCAUGUCAGAAGAAGAAAAAUCUGAGGAGGAAUCAGAAGAGGAGGAAUCGGAGGAAGAGGAGGAGGAAGAGGAGGAGGAAGCGAUGUCAAAGGAGAAAGAGUCAGAGAUAGCUAAAGAAGGGAAGGAAAUGGCCGCACUGAUGAUGAGCAGGAAGAGGAUGAAACAGUACAAAAGGCACAAACGCGAAGAGCAAGCCAAGCAGGUGGUCAGAGAUCGUCUCACCGCCAAACGGAAGCAAAUAGAAAGCGAGCGAACUCCAGUGGCUGAGAAGACAAGAAAACGCCGCAAGUCGAAAGCGUGA